AUGGAUUUAUCUUGUGGAGAAAACAUGCAGAAUUCUGGUAACAACAGUGCAAGUGGCAGGACGGUGGACAUGUGCGUCGCUGGGCCGGACAGGGCCUUAGACCGGGAUCCUCGGCUGCUUCUCAACUUGCUGGCGUUGGAGAGGGCACACGCUCUUCACACGGACUACUUCCAAAACGUUCAGAUUGAUAUCAGCCCUUCAUGCGGAAAGUAGUGACCACCUGGAUGUUGGAGGUGUGUGAGGAACAGCAAUGUGAGGAGCAGGUGUUUCCCCUGGCAGUGAGCUAUAUGGACCGGUUCCUGGCGCAGCGAGCUAUCUCGCGACAGCAGCUGCAGCUCCUGGCUGUCACCGCUAUGUUGGUCGCCUCCAAGUUCCGCCAGUGCCACCCACUUUCUGUCGACUUGCUUUGCGCAUAUACCGACAACACAGUGUUUCCUCAAGAAGUCAGGGAAUGGGAAGUGAUGCUCCUUCAACGAUUGAACUGGCAGUUGUCUAUUGCAACGGCCUUCGACUUUGUGGAGCCGUUCCUUGCGCGAGUGCCGUGGGGUCGCACCAACCCGCUGGUCAGGACACAUGCGCUUACGCUCACCUCAGUAUGCUAUACUGAGACCGAGUUUCUACUCGUACCUGCUUCUUUAAUUGCUGCUGCGUGUAUCACGGCAGCAGCUCGUGGAUUGCGUGUGCGCAUGUCGGUGAGUGAGUUGUGUGCCCUGACGCGGACACCGUCUGCGGCCGCUGAGCUGGUGGCGCGCCACGUGGAGCGUGUGCUGGCCCGGGAGACGCAGCCUCAGGAACCCAGGACCAGGCACGCCCAGCCCUACAAACAAAACACAUCAGAACAGACACAACUGCCAGAUACUCCUACAGACGUGCAAGACGUACAUUUCUAA